GGUAUAUUUUUGGGUAAAUUCAAAAGAAGUUCUAAUUUUUUGCCUGUGCAAAUUCGAGUGCAACAAAAAUAAAUCGAGAAUAAAUUAUAAUCAAUGUGGCCGUGCCGAAUGACCGAAAGGAAAAUCGCAAUUAAAAUAAAUUAAAGAUUUUUUUGUGUGUGCGUACCAGCGUAGCAGCCUGUGCAGCUUCCUGUGCAAACCGGUCCAGCAUCCGACGCGCGAUUGCACCUGCAAGAAGCCAAGAAAUUCAUAGAGGAGUAGGAGAAGUGGCACACCACAGCACAGCUCAGAGCAAAGCCUCCAAGUCCAAGACGUGAAAGAAGUAUAGGAACUGGCCGCAACAGGGGACAACGAAGAAAACCCGUUUUUUGGAGAAAGGAAAAGGGAAAGAGGUGCUUGGAGGUUGCCCACCAAAAGGCUGCGGGCCCGCCCCCCGAGAGCCUGCCAAGGCCAAACCGUAAGCCCCCCUCCCCGCCCGUCUAUUGUUCCAAACAAAAGAACAACAAAUAUCCCCACAAAACAUUGGACACUUCUUUAUGCCGUACUAACACUUCUGCGGCGGCGAAAAUGAAGAAAAUGCGCAGAAGUCAGCUUUUACGGGUGCUUCCCCUGGCCGUACUGCUGCUCGAAGUGGCCCUCCUGCCCGUCUCCGUGCUGGCCAAGUCGAAGAACAAGAACAAGAACAACCAAAACAACGCCCAUCACGGCGAAUCGUCGGCUUCAGCGUCGGCCUCGUCCAACGACGACAACAAGCCCCGGAGCGGCGAAAACGGGGGCCAGCAGUUCGCCAUGGAGCCGCAGGAUCAGACAGCCGUUGUGGGAUCCCGAGUGACGCUGCCCUGCCGCGUGAUGGAGAAAGUUGGGGCCCUCCAGUGGACCAAGGAUGAUUUCGGCCUCGGCCAGCAUCGCAAUCUGAGCGGCUUCGAGCGUUACUCGAUGGUUGGAAGCGACGAGGAGGGCGACUUUUCGCUGGACAUCUAUCCGCUGAUGCUCGACGACGAUGCCAAGUACCAGUGCCAGGUGGGACCCGGUCCGCAGGGGGAACAGGGUAUCCGUUCAAGGUUUGCAAAGCUCACGGUUCUGGUGCCGCCGGAGGCCCCGAAGAUCCUGCAGGGCGACUACAUGGUAACCACUGAGGAUCGCGAGAUCGAGCUCGAAUGCGUGUCGGUGGGCGGCAAGCCAGCCGCAGAGAUCACCUGGAUCGACGGGCUCGGCAAUGUCCUCACCAAGGGCAUCGAGUACGUGAAGGAGCCGCUCUCCGACUCGCGCCGCAUCACCGCCAAGUCCAUCCUCAAGCUGGCGCCAAAGAAGGAGCACCACAACACGACCUUCACCUGCCAGGCCCAGAACACCGCCGAUCGCACCUAUCGCUCCGCCAAGCUCCUGCUCGAGGUCAAGUACGCCCCCAAGGUGUCUGUGUCCGUCGUGGAGGGGGCCCUGGCUGGCGGCAAGAUACCGGAGGGCGCCGAGGUCGUGCUCAGCUGCCAGGCGGAUGCCAAUCCCCCGGAGGUUACCUACAGAUGGUUCAUCAACGACGAGCUCAUGACGGGAGAUUUCACCACCAAAAUGAUCAUUCACAAUGUCACCCGUUCGUACCACGAUUCGAUUGUCAAAUGCGAGGUGGUCAAUGCCGUGGGCAAGAGCGAGGAGAGCGAGACCCUGGACAUAAGCUUUGGACCCGUGUUCCGCAAGCGUCCGCAGACCGUUGAGGCCGACCUGGGGGCCACCGUGAGCAUGCGCUGCGAGGUGGCCGGCAAUCCUACACCGGAAAUCGAGUGGGUUAACGAGAACUCCGCCCAGAUCGUGGGCCGUGGCACGGAGCUGAAGAUCAAGGUGAGCAGCGAGACGGCAGGACGGUAUAUCUGCAGGGCGGAGGUCACCGGAUUCCCGGAGAUCGGCGCCGAGGCACUGGUGCAUGUGAAGCGGGCCCCAAUCAUCACCUCGCACAAGGUGCAGUUCGGCGCGGUGGGCAACAAGGUGAAGAUCGAGUGCCUGGCCUUCAGCAUACCCAAGGCCGAGCAGAUCCUGUGGUCCUUCGAGAACAAGGUGAUCAACAUGAGCAGCGCCGAUCCGGACAUAUACAUCUUCGAGGAGCAGCACCUGCCCGAGGGCGUGCGGGCGGCCCUGAUCAUCCGCGAGAGCCGGGCGACCCACUUUGGCAAGUACAACUGUACCGUGAUGAACUCGUAUGGCAGCGACUCCCUGCUGAUCACCGUGGUCCGGGAGCCGGGCAAUAUACCCGUGCUGCUGGUGGUGAUGGGCUCGAUGUUCUCCGUGGCCAUCGUCCUGAUGAUCGUGAUGAUUGUGGUCGUGUACAGGAAGCGGCGCAACCGCAAGAAGCCCAUGCCGGCGGACGUCAUACCGGAGGCGUCGCGCGGCGGCGACAAGCUGAACGAACUGAAAAGCGAGCUACGAUCCAAGGCCUACGACGUGGAGUACUCCGAGGCGGGCAGCGAGGGCCUGGCCAUCACCCUCAACCAGUCGCCGAUGCCCGAUGUCCAGAUGAAGGGCGCCACCCUGGGCGUGCCCCUGGCCGGCCCCGUCAAGUUCGAUGAGCGCUUCUCCGGGGACUUCACCGACCGCUACAAUCGCCAGUGCCACAUCAAGAAUCUGAAGAACCACCAGGAAAACGCCUACAAGGAGACCUCCGCCAACGGAUACGCCCACUACUUUGAAUACGCCCUCGACUACAGUCCACCCGCCGAAGCAGCCGGCGGCAAAUCGGCCAAGAACUCCGCCGGUGGCAAGAACUCCGCCACACUGCCGCACUCGGCUGCCACCGUCGGUGGUGUGGGAUCCGUGGCAGCCGCUGCGCUCGUCGGUGGGGGCGGUGGGGGUGCCAGCCUACCGCGCAAUCAACGUCACGAUCAACAGCAGUCACAGCAGGCCAAUGGAUUCAUGGGACAACCGCUUCUACAGAACGGCAUCGACAGUCGCUUCAGCGCCAUCUACGGCAACCCCUAUCUACGCACCAACUCCUCGAUCCUGCCCCCUCUGCCACCGCCAAGCACCGCCAAUCCAGCGGCCACGCCAGCCCCACCGCCAUACCAUGCUGCCCGACACCACCACUCGAACGGGGGUCUCAAGCACUACGGCCAUGGCCACGGGGCCUCCCUGGCAGGCGCCACCCUGCACACUAGUCCCGCCACCGCCGGCGGACAGCUGAUGUCCGGCGGAGGGUCAGCGGCGGCGAGCCUCAACAGCGGCAUUGCCGGCGGGGCCGGGGGCAGUGUGAGCGGCAGCAGCUCGAAUUUAACGGCCAGCAGCAAUACACUGGCCGCCACACCGUUGGCCCAGUCGGGCGUCGCUGGUGCCCAGUGUGCCCAGAGUCCAUCCGGACAGUUCAUACUGUCCAACAAUGGCAAGGGUCACACCCAGAAGGGCCCAUUGGCCACCCACGUCUAAGGAGGUGGCCAACGAGCAGGAAGAGUCAGUCUCUCUACCGAUUUACAUACACACAUACAUAUAUACAUCCAUACUUAGACACACACACACACAACACACCCCCCACUACACAUACAUGUAUCGCAUUAGAGAGCCAUUAGCGUAAUCGUAAUCGUAAUCGUAUUUUAAAAUGUGUCUAUAGCGGAAAAAACUCUAGAAACCUAAGCGAGUGUGUAAUUUUUUUUUUUUCCACUAUAUAUACAUACAUAUAUAUAUCUAUACUAUAUACAAGAAAGAAAAGAAAACAAAACCGUAUUGUGAUUUAUAGCGUUAAUUAUUUGAUGGCAAGAGGAAAGCUCUCGUUGGAAAAACACGAAACGAAACGAAACGAAAAGAAAUGUAACUCGAAAUGAAUGGCAAAUUAUAUCAAUUAGUGCAAAUUUUAAGCAAAUUUAUUAUCGAUGGCAAGGCGGCGGGACCUUGUCCCCCCAGCCCCCUACCAUAUCAUAGAACCUUAUCAAUUAAAACGCAACGUAUCGAACAGCAAAACAAAAAACCAACUACAAAACUUAAAAAGUUCAUUUUAAACAGC